AGUUGUGUUUAAAGAGAAAUUCCAUACUUUAUAAAUAAAUACAGUGAAAUUAUUAAAAACAAAAAUAUUGCAAAAACUAAGCAAAUCCUACGAAGAAGCCCACACACACACACUUACACGAGAGUGUGACCUAAAUUAACCAAUACAUAAUUCAAAUGCAAUUCUCACUCAGCAACGUUCCGGCAAAACUGGCCACGGACCAUCUUUGCUGUUGAACUCGUUUGCACAGCCACCAAAGUAGAGAGACGAGAGAUACUCUCAUCAACAGGACAAGUUUCACUUACUCUAUGUCACUCGCAAGUGUGUAUGUGUUUGUGUGUAGAUAAUAACGAAAAUAAGUAAUCAAGGUGUUAAUAGACAACGCAAACAAAGUAAAAAACAAAGACAUCAAUAGAUAGCAGUCAAAAACAGCAACAACAGCGAUUACAAACAAGCACUCAACAGACGUCAUUUCGUCUCAUUACAAUGAGCAAACGAAAGAAGCUGAGGGAGAAGUUCAUAGCGUGAUAACAGAAAUAAAAAACUACCGUACAACACACAGAAAGAAUCAAAAAACAAACCUUAUUUAAGCACAGAACUACAGAGGUUCCUGCUCCCUGCUCCCACACACACAAUCCAAAGACAAUGGUACUCAAUCUACUCUUCAUAACAACUGUGAUAAAGUCUACUUUCGGCGUAGUCACCACCGGCCUUUGGCUCAUACCGCUCUUACUCGCCGCCAUCACAUACUACCGAUACGACAGCGUCGAUCCAGAGUCUCGUCCCAUCGAUCAACUGAAUUUACAUACCGAAUAUGAUUUUAUUAUAGUGGGCGCCGGUUCGGCUGGUGCUGUGGUCGCCAAUAGACUUACCGAAAUACGCAAAUGGAAGGUGUUGCUCAUUGAAGCGGGUCCCGAUGAAAAUGAAAUCUCUGAUGUGCCUUCGUUGGCUGCGUAUCUGCAGUUGAGCAAACUCGAUUGGCAGUAUAAGACACAACCUUCGAAUAAGGCUUGUCUCGGUAUGAAGAACAAUCAGUGUAACUGGCCACGCGGUAAGGUGCUCGGCGGUUCGAGUGUGCUCAAUUACAUGCUGUAUGUGCGUGGCAACCGACACGAUUACGACCACUGGGAGUCACUGGGCAACCCCGGUUGGGGCUAUGAUAAUGUGCUUCAUUACUUUAAGAAAUCGGAGGAUAAUCGCAAUCCUUAUUUGGCAAACAACCCAUACCACGGACGCGGUGGACUGAUGACCGUGCAGGAAUCGCCUUGGCAUUCACCGCUCGUUGCGGCAUUCGUUGAGGCUGGUCGUGAGAUUGGCUAUGAGAAUCGCGAUAUUAAUGGUGAGAAGCAAGCUGGUUUCAUGAUUGCACAGGGCACCAUAAGACGUGGUUCACGUUGCAGCACCGCCAAGGCUUUUCUACGUCCUAUUCGCUUGCGUAAAAACUUCCAUUUGUCGAUGAAUUCGCACGUCACCAAAAUCGUCAUAGAGCCGAGCACCAUGCGUGCACACACCGUGGAGUUUGUUAAGCAUGGCAAAGUGUUUCGUAUACGAGCCAGACGUGAAAUCAUAUUGUCGGCGGGCGCAAUAAAUACCCCGCAGAUUAUGAUGUUAUCCGGCAUCGGACCGAAGGCGCAACUCGAGAAACAUGGCAUACGUGUGCUGCAGGAUCUGCCUGUUGGCGAAAAUAUGCAAGAUCAUGUGGGCAUGGGUGGUCUGUCGUUUCUGGUUGACAAACCGGUGGCGAUUGUACAAGAUCGCUUUAAUCCCACAGCGUUGACUAUACAGUAUGUGCUACGUGAACGUGGACCAAUGACCACGCUGGGUGGCGUGGAGGGUUUGGCAUUUGUCCAUACACCCUACUCGAACAAAUCCAUCGAUUGGCCGGACAUACAGUUCCAUAUGGCGCCAGCUUCCAUCAAUUCAGACAAUGGUGCGCGUGUGAAGCAAGUAUUAGGCCUUAAGGAGUCGCUGUAUCAAGAAGUCUACAAACCUAUCGCAAAUAAAGACACCUGGACCAUUAUGCCAUUACUGUUGCGUCCACGCUCUCGUGGUUGGGUACGAUUGAGCUCCGCAAAUCCCUUUCACUAUCCACUCAUCAAUGCGAAUUACUUCGACGACGACUUCGAUGUGAAGACCCUGGUGGAGGGCGCGAAAAUCGCGCUACGUGUUGCCAACGCCAAAGUCUUUAAACAGUUCGGUUCGCGCGUUCAUCAACGAUCUCUGCCGAAUUGCAAGAAAUAUAAAAUAUACUCCGACGCAUAUUUGGAGUGCCAGGCGCGUACCAUCUCCAUGACGAUUUAUCAUCCCUGCGGCACAGCGAAAAUGGGACCGGCCUGGGAUCCCGAAGCGGUGGUGGAUCCACGUUUGCGUGUAUAUGGCGUACGCGGUCUACGUGUAAUCGAUGCGAGUAUUAUGCCCACAAUCAGUAGUGGCAAUACAAAUGCGCCCGUCAUUAUGAUAGGUGAGAAGGGUGCGGAUCUGAUCAAAGAGGAUUGGCUACAUAAUCCAGAGUAUCGUGCGGCGGCACCGAAAAGUUAGUGAAAUAAGUGAGACAGGGGGGUUAAGUUAGUGAGACUAUAAAUCAGGGGCGUAUGUGAGCUUUAUUACAAACUAAAAUAUACCGUAAGCGGUGCCAUUGAGCGUCAGAUUUUGGUGUGAUGCCAAGUGACGCUUUCUACCGUAGAAAUAUUAGGGCAAGUACUGUUAGAAAUGUGUAUACACAUUUUUGAAAUAAGUUUCUUAGUUGCUAGAACCAUUCGAGUCAUUUCUUUUUUAAGCGUGUCUUUUUUGCAACAACACAUAUGUAGUAUGUAGUGAUGCAUAGUUUUAAUUUAUUUCUGCACACAUUUUAUUCAUAAACACAUUCCGAUUCCAUCCUUACCGAUUAAAUUUGUAUAAGAAAUAACAAUAAUUUAAUGUAUAUAUUAUU